ACAUACACUGAAAAACAUCCUCAAUCCAAGUUUCUUCCUCAAACACCGAAGAAGAAACUUCCUCAACGUAUUGCUUAAUAUUUUUGACUUAAUUUUUCCCCUCUGGGAAACAGUAUUCUCCAUUCCCCGCGCAGAUAGAGCCGUGUGCUGAAACCCGCUGUGAAACUGUUCAGUCUUUUUUUUUUUUUGUUGCACACUCUGAGCUCUGAGGAUCACACCGAAAGCGCCGCUGUGACAGGCUGUCUGUGCGCUCCAACUGAUGCGUCACGCGGAUAGGUGCGGUUUGCGCAGCGCAACUCUCCAGACUGUCCGUGUUUGCAGAAGUGACGCGCCGAGAAGCUUAAAAACCUUUCUGGAAGCAGGCAGAUUUAGACGGUUCAACUUUUUUUUUUUUUUUUUUUUUUUUUUUUUUUGUCGUGUGCAGCUCCAUAAUUUUAGGGGCUUCCCUCUCCCCCCACCCCUCCUCCUCUACUGAUGGUCUUUGUAUCCCCCGAAAGCUACAAGAACCUCUAGAGACGGAUCACUUGACCACCACCACUGGGCGAUGUGGUGCGGCUGAAAAAGCGUUCGACCUAACACCGUCGGGCAGUGUCCAGGAGCCGGUUACACAAACCCAAAUAUGCGCGUAAUUGGAGCGCACUGGCGAGGCGUCCCUUGCUCUCCUGUCCGGGAAACGUCAUUGUCGUGAUGUUCAAUACCUCGGUAAUUGAGCCCACUUUUGCAAAGAAAGAGGAUAUUGCCGAAGUUAUCAAUGGCACUCUGCUUCUGGUCAGCAACGUUUCCGUCACCACGGUCGGCAGCAGUCCCACGGCCAAGUGGAACGAGUCGUGCGGGGAGCAGCUGCUGGAUUUCGGGCGCCCGGAGAAGAUCAUUAUCGGGGUCAUGCUGGCGAUGAUCACGGCGGUCACCGUGAUGGGGAACACGCUGGUGGUGAUCGCCGUGUGCGUGGUGAAGAAACUUCGGCAACCUUCGAACUACCUUCUGGUGUCCCUCGCAGUGGCGGACCUGUCAGUGGCCAUAGUGGUGAUGCCGUUCGUCAUCGUGACAGAUCUCACUGGCGGCAAGUGGCUGUUUGGGGACUUGUUCUGCAACAUCUUCAUCGGCAUGGAUGUGAUGUGCUGCACCGCCUCUAUCAUGACCCUGUGUGUGAUCAGCGUGGACAGAUAUCUCGGGAUCACACGGCCUCUCACCUACCCAGCACGGCAGAACGGCCAGCUGAUGGCUAAAAUGAUCCUGGGAGUGUGGCUGGUGUCGGCAUCCAUCACCCUGCCACCUUUCUGCGGCUGGGCCAAAAACGUCCACACGGCCGGUGUGUGCCUCAUUAGCCAAGACUUUGGCUACACCAUCUACUCCACAGCCGUAGCCUUCUACAUCCCUAUGCUGGUCAUGCUCUUCAUGUACUACAAGAUUUUCCGGGCGGCUCGCAAGAGCGGCGCCAAGCACCGCUUCACGGACCUGUCCCGGCGCGAGCGCCUGGAGACGGUGGCCAACGAGGCGCUCCGCAUGCAGGGCCUGAAGCCGCCCGGCGUGGCCGAGGAGUGCGCCGCCCUGUCCCGCCUGCUGAACCGCGAGCGCAAGAACAUCUCCAUCUUCAAGCGGGAGCAGAAAGCGGCCACCACGCUCGGGGUGAUCGUGGGCGUUUUUGCCGUGUGCUGGCUGCCGUUCUUCAUCCUGACCACCGCCAGGCCGUUCAUCUGCGGGGUGGAGUGCAGCUGCGUGCCCAUCUGGCUGGAGCGCACGCUGCUGUGGCUGGGCUACGCCAACUCGCUGAUGAACCCCUUCAUCUACGCCUUCUUCAACCGAGACCUGCGCUCCACCUACCGUGACCUUCUCCGCUGCCGCUAUCGCAACAUCAACCGGCGGCUGUCUGCCGUGGGGGUUCACGAGGCUCUGAAGGUGUAAAGCCCGGACGGUUAACCGGCAUACUUUGCGGCCCAGUUUUUUUAUUUUUUAUUUUUUAACUGCACUUGUUGCCUACAAAGGGCAGAGCGCACACAGCAGGCCUGUAGAUAAGACACAGACUGACAGAAAGAAAAAGUUGCUGCUGGUCGCUCUUAAGCGCCUCCGCGAAGCCAUGGAGACAGCAGGAUUGCUUCAGUUUGCAGAUGACUCAGUCUUUCUAUUUUAGGAGAAAAAGAAAAAAAACAACAACAAAAAAACAACAUAGUGGAUCCUUGAUGGGCCACUUAAACUGAAGCUGCUUUUGUGCAUAUGCCAACAAUUACAUCCUGGCUCCUGAUUUAUGGUGUGAUGUUGGAGCAAGAGAAAUAAAUGACAUGUAAACAAAAACAAUUACCCUAGGGCUUUCAGCUACAACAAAAAAAAUCAUCCAAACAGAUUUCUGUACAUAAACCGAAGGGAUGUUUUAUAGACGAGUGUUUUGUUUUUGUGGCACCGUGUCUUUUAGGCCUCCUCAGUUUCUCCGUUGGCACAUAAAUGAACACCUUCAGCAAAGAUUGCUGUCAAUAAUAUUCACGUCCCUUUGUUUCCCGUGGUAGCGUUUACAUGGGACCGCUCAUGGAGUUCCGUAAAAGUCGCAGGGAACCGAAAACAGUCGCUGAGAUCAAGGAGAAGAGAGAGGAGUGGUGUUAUAAAGCGCGCCGUCCUGUCUAAUGAUGGCAUUGCUCUUUAUUGUAAAAGAAGAAGAGGGUUCUGUUGAGUGUCUGCAUGAAACAUUUGUCUCACGUGUCACAUCAACCAAAACAUGGAUUUGAGGGAAAAAAAAAAAAGCAAGCGUGAAGAAGUGUUUUCAUGGUUUUGGCCCAACACUGCGGCGCACGCUUGAACUGAACACGACCUCAUUCAUUGACCGUUUGUGUCCUGAACAUUAAUAUUGUGGGUUUUUCUUACUCUUGUCAUCCCGCCUGGAUCGGUUUCAUUCCACAGCAGCUCCUGACCUUUCCACUCGAACAAUCGGUCUGUUCCCCAGACUCUUUGUUUUCCACCGGUUGCCAACAAACGUUUCCACUCCCGCGUGGAAAUCAGGAUGCGGUCAAUUCCCCCCCUGACUGCGCUCCCGUUUUAAACUCCGCUGUGACCUGUACAAAAUCCUUGUCCAAUGUCAUCAUCGAACAGUGUGUGCUUUCUCUACCUCAAUUCUUUGGAAAAUACUGUACAUUUGUUAUUGUUUUUUCAAACAUAGAUGUACUGCUGUAUUAUUAUUUUUUGACUGCUAUUUUUUAUUAUGUAAAUUAUUCUGUGGAAAACCGCGUAUGAGUGCUCAGUGUGACCGCUUUGUCGUUAGUUUUAGGAAACCUCCUAGAAAGCGGCAGUGUAUUUCAUCACUUUGUAAAUAAAGAGGCACUUCAAAUUUAA